AUGGAUUACCCAUUCUAUCUAUCUUUGUAUUACUACAUCACCAGGAAGACUUAUCCCACCGACGCAGAUGAGAAGACCAAAAAGCGUAUUCGUUUCCAUGCCAACAAGUAUCAAGCGUAUCGAGGGCGCUUAUACGCCAAAGGAGAAGAUGAUGAACCAAGCUUAGAGCUUCUUCAUGAAGGCAACGCUGAUGAGGUUAUCAAGACCGUUCAUGAAGAAGGACACGUUGGCAUCAACAAUACUUGGAGAAAACUACGAAUGGCUUACACUGGACCCUGCCUCUUUGAAAGGGUACGGACCAUCGUGCAAUCGUGUGAGUCAUGUCAAUUCAGAGCAAGGAUACAAGCUAAACGUCACGAGCAAGCUAGACCAAUACCAACACCAUCACAUCCCUUCUUCAUGGUUGGUUGUGAUGCCGUUGGUCCAAUCAAGAUGGAUGGCAAGCCCGACAAGUAUCUCUUGGUAGCAAUCGACUAUUUAACUCGAUGGCCUAUAGCUCGGGUGGUCACUGAUAUCACUGAAGGGACCACUGCUGACUUUCUUUUCGAUGAGCUGGUGUCAAUGUAUGGCGUGCCUAGAUAUCUAUUGACGGAUCGUGGUAGCAACUUCAAGUCAGCAUACGUUCAUGCUUUCCUCAAGUCAUUGGGUUGUCGACAUAUCACUACUACGGCUUAUCGUCCUCAGACCAAUGGCAUGUGCGAAAGGAUGAAUCAGACCAUUGUGCAGACCAUAGCCAAAUUGGCAAGGGAUCAAGAUAGUAUGCAAGAUUGGGAACAAUUCGUCAAGCCUGCUUUGUUAGCCAUACGUACUACCCCAAAUGAAGCUACUCGUUUUUCUCCUGCCAUGUUGCUUUUUGGCUAUGAGCUACGUACUCCCGCUGUAUGGCCAGCUCCACGUCAAGAUUAUGUUGAAGGAGAAAUUGCUGACGAAUUAGCUGCAAGAGCCAAGGUGAUUAAAUUGUUAACGGAUCAACUACGACAGCAAGCUUGUGAGAAUGCUCAACAUCGCAAGGAACAAGACAAGAAAAGAUAUGAUGCGCAAGUCCGUAACAGACGUCGUUUUCGUGUUGGUGAACAAGUCCUGAUGCGUGAUAGACAUCCACCAAGCAAAUUUGCCGAUCGUUGGUUGGGCCCGUUGAUUGUAGUGCAAGAAUUUAAGAAUGGCACCUAUAUGCUUGAAGGACCAAAUUCUCGAAGGUUAAAAGGUGCAGUACAUGGAGAUAACCUUCGUCCUUUUGUGAGCCGUCGUCACCUUAUUCCUGAUGUUCAAGUCAAACAAGCCGAACAACAAUUUCAAGCUUGGUUGGAAAGAGGUGAUGAUGAUUCGUUUUAA